AUGUUGACCGACGAAUCCAACGUUGUGUUCAAAACUUCUCUUAGUCUUUUGAGACCCAACGAAGAUAGUGACUGGCCCAACUGGAUCAUUGAAACUGGCCUGUCUGAAUCACUCCGUCGGCUGCGUCAAGACAUAAGUUGGUGGAUCGAAAACUCCGGUGGACAAGUCCUCUUGGCCUUGCUAGUUAGAGUUGACCGCGCGGCGAAGAAAAUUACGAUAGAGAAGUACUUCCCGCAGAUCAGACAAGGACCCAGCACUCGAGCCCAAACCGUCGCCGGCGUGAUCUAUGUGAAGCGACUCGUGACCACUACUGUGAUAGACAUGAGGACAACUCUCCCUUCUGUCCAAGGCGGCCCAUUAAUCCUGGACUUCGAUCGUUUGGUCGGUCGUCCGGCUGUUGCCCUUGAAACGAACGUCAUUUUCGACAGUGCGCGAUUGGUUCAGAUGGGUCGUCUUGUUUUUAUGGGGAUACCAUAAGUUGUUUGGGAGGUGAUAAGAUAACUGAAUAUUUGCUUCCCUCGCUUUCGGGCCAUUCUCAUUCAUAAGGAUGUACAUCCCAGUUCUCAGAUAGCAACCAACGAGAAGUCAC